GUGUGUGUGUGUGUGUGUGUGUGUGUGUGUGUUUGUGCGCGCGCACCGCUUCUAUUUUUCCAGUUCCUUGUCCGUCUUUUUUAUAUAUAUAUAAGUAAAAGAAAGAAAGCUGCAGCAGGCAGUGAGUGGUCCUCUUUAAUCAGCGGCUGUGGGGAGGCGGGUCGAGGUGCUGACUGUAAUGUGAUAGCUGCUCCGCUCUAACGUUAUUACAUACACAUGCUGGCUGCCUGCGCUCUCGCUGCUGGAACACGGAGCCUUCAAAACUCAAGCCAGAAUAGUCCGAUCAGAGCAGAGGGAAGGAGCUGCGUGCCUGGACUAGAGGAGAGAGAACGGAGUGUUACCGAUAUAUAAUAGAGCUCUGGGUAAUAACGGCAAUACGAACCGUUUUGAUUUGCAUUCUAUGAAAGAUCGUUUUUACCGACGAGCCUUGGACAGUUGGACUAUUUCGUUAAGAUUUGUGUUGUUUUUUUUUGUGAUUUUUUUUUUUGGACUAGUAAAUGCGCUGGAGGGAGAAAGUCAAAGGAAAUACAAAAACAAAUAUCUUCUCACUGGUUUGGAGGCAACCAAAACACUCACUUCAGAUAUCUGCUAGAGAAAGCAUCAAUUCCGUGGACUAAAAACCGCUACGGACUUCUGAAUGAUUUCAUACAGAUUUUUUAUUUAAUUUUAUUUUCCAUAAUUUCUUUGUAAUAGAAUAUUAUCUGGAUGGAAUUGAUGUUUUAUUUAUUAAUUUUUUUCUCGUUAUUUUGAACGCCGCAGUGGCCAGAAUGGUUUUGAAUAUUUUAAAUUAUUGAAUUGAAAUAACGGGGCAGAAAAUGUUAUUCAUUUAAAAAAAGAAGAAACAAAAGAAGUGUUACCCGGGUGGGAAUUGAUUUCGCCGUUGUGUUGAACACCUAACCACAGACCAACGGCUUCCCGGUGGAGACGCGUGUUACCGUGACCGGAGAAAACAGUUUGCACGAGGAAGAAGACUUUCACGGCGAGUUCUUGUCUCCGGGAUUGGGAAGGGUGAAACUUCACCUCGGAAAAUGGAUAUAUUACCGUGGCUCUGUGGAUGUUUACUGGCCGUUUGUUUACCACCAAUAGUUGUCGGUGAAGAAGGUGAGGCGUGUGGCGGACAUUUUGAUGCCAGCAACGCCGGGUACAUCACCACCCCAGGGUAUCCUCUGGAGUACCCCCCCCAUCAGAGCUGUCGCUGGGUCGUCACCGCCCCAGAACCCUCCCAGCGUAUCGUCCUCAACUUCAACCCCCACUUUGAACUGGAGAAACUGGACUGCAGAUAUGACUUCAUAGAGAUCCGUGAUGGAAACAGUGAGAAUGGAGAUCUGUUGGGUAAACACUGCAGCAACAUCGCCCCUCCAGCCAUCAUCUCCUCCGGCCCCGUGCUCCACAUCAAGUUUGUCUCUGACUACGCUCAUCAGGGAGCUGGUUUUUCACUGCGCUACGAGAUCUUCAAAACUGGUUCAGACUGCUCCCGUAACUUCACCAGUCAGAACGGGAUUAUUGAGUCUCCGGGGUUCCCUGAUAAAUACCCUCAUAACCUGGAGUGUUCCUUUAUAAUCAUCGUGCCCCCGGCCAUGGACGUGGCCCUGACCUUCCUGACCUUUGACUGACUGACUGACUACGACUGGUUGGAGGUCUGGGACGGUCUGCCACAGGUGGGGCCUCUGAUAGGACGUUACUGUGGAACUAAGAUCCCUCCUGAAAUCACAUCAUCUACAGGUAUCCUGUCUCUGUCUUUCCACACGGACAUGGCCGUGGCCAAAGAUGGCUUCUCUGCUCGCUACAACAUGACACACAAAGAAGUCAGCGACACCUUCCAUUGCAGUAACGCGUUAGGUCUGGAGUCAGGGAAGAUCUCUGACGACCAGAUCACUGCCUCCUCUUCCUUCUAUGACAACACAUGGUUGCCACGGCAGGCCCGCCUUAACAACGGCAACAACGCGUGGACGCCCAACGAGGACAGCAGCAAGGAGUACAUCCAGGUGGAUCUCCAUGUCCUGAAGGUGUUGACGGGUAUCUCUACCCAGGGAGCGGUGUCCAAGGAGACCCAGAAGUCCUACUAUGUCACCACCUUUAAGCUGGAGGUCAGCACCAACGGAGAGGACUGGAUGGUCUACCGAUACGGCAAGAACCACAAGAUUUUCAAUGCCAACACAGACUCUACUGAGGUGGUUCUGAACCGGAUCCCCCAGCCUGUUCUGGCCCGCUUCGUACGCAUCAGACCCCAGGCCUGGAAGACAGGCAUCGCCCUGCGCUUUGAACUCUACGGGUGCCAGAUCACUGACGCUCCAUGUUCUGAGAUGCAGGGGAUGCUGUCCGGGCUGCUGCCCGACUCCCAGAUCACGGCGUCAUCCCUGAGGGACAUCCACGGCUCCAUGGGGACGGCCAGGCUGGUAGCCAGCAGGUCAGGAUGGUUCCCCAGCCCAACACAGCCUCUGGCCGGGGAGGAGUGGCUUCAGGUGGACUUGGGGGUCCCCAAGACAGUACGAGGCGUCAUCACUCAGGGGGCGAGGAGCGUGGAGGGGAGUACGUCAGCUGAGAACAGGGCCUUCGUCAGGAAGUACCGCGUGUCUCACAGCCUGACGGGCAAGGACUGGACUUUUAUCCUGGACCGAAAGACCAGCCAUCCUAAGAUCUUUGAGGGCAACACACACUACGACACUCCAGAGAUCCGUCGGUUUGAGGAGAUGCCGGCUCAGUUCAUCAGGAUCUACCCAGAGCGGUGGUCUCCGGUCGGGAUCGGGAUGAGGCUGGAGGUGCUGGGAUGUGAACUGCCAGAAAUGACUACUCUUCCUGACACUGCCACAACCCCCCUGCCUAGACUAGAGGAGACCACCGCUGCCUCGAGAGGACCAGGCACUACUGUGUGGUCUAUGGGCGGUCUGUGUGACUUUGAGUCCAGUCUGUGUGGCUGGAUCCCAGACAGCAUGUCAGAGCUGAGCUGGUCUCUCCACAGCGGCAGCCUCUCGUCUGGUCUAACACCCAGUCUGGAUCUACCUCUCUCCCUGCCCAAAGACGACGUGGGUAAUUUCCUCCACAUCGAGGCCAGCCCCAGGACAGAGAGGCAGCGAGCCCGUCUGGUGAGCCCCGCUGUGGGGCCUGAGAGAGGACCGCUGUGCCUGCUCUUCAACUACCAGCUCCAGGGGCCCGAGAACCAGGGCCUAGGGUCCCUCAGGAUUCUCAUCAGAGACAACGACCGGGAGGAGACUCUGCUCUGGGCCCUCAGAGGAGACCAGGGGUCCGUGUGGAAGGAGGGUCGCACCAUCCUGCCCCAGUCACCCAAAGAGUACCAGGUGGUGAUUGAGGGCUUCUUUGAGCACAGCAACCGAGGACACAUCUGGAUCGACAACAUCCACAUGAGCUCCAGUACUGAGCUGGAACAGUGUACCCAACCCUUCGCUGCAUUCCCUCCUGACAUGACUGACCGGAGGCCUAUUGACUCUGGAAAUAAACCACUUUACAACGGCAGAGAACGAAUGAAUGGAGGUUUCCCGUUCCCAGAGUGGAGUACCCCUGGCCCGUCCAUGGACCCCCCUGUGACACAUGUCUCUGAGAAGGACAACUCGUGGCUGUACACCCUGGAUCCUAUCCUGGUUACCAUCAUCGUCAUGUCUUCCCUGGGCGUACUGCUGGGGGCGGUGUGUGGCGGCCUGCUGCUCUACUGCACCUGCUUCUACAGCGGCCUGUCGUCACGGAGCUCCACCACAUUGGAGAACUACAACUUUGAGCUGUACGACGGGAUCAAACACAAGGAGAGACCCUGAUCAAUCAAAGCUCGUGAAUGAACCACACUUACCUGCCAUGAUGCCACACGUACUGGCCACUGGAUCACAGCAGUCUGGGCCUGGACCAGAACCCCUACUGUCAGUCUGGGGUUGCACCCUAAACCCCUACUGCAGCAGACUGGGACCGGACCCAAAAACCCGUCUAGGACCGAUCCUCUCAGAGCUGUCAUGUAGCCAGUGGACCAUUCAGUGGGUGCUGAACAAUAUCAAAACAUAUCAAUCUAAUGCCUAUCCCAAAAAAAAGAUGAAAAGAAAAUGAAUCUAGAUUUGUAAAGAAGAAAAGAAGAAGACAUUUUGUUGUUUGUUUUUUUGGUUAUGAUAGACGUUAGAAUAUGAGUGGAAUUAUGGCCAGGAAGGUUUUUUUAGAAUGUGAUUCUAGCUUGUAAGACAGCUCUCGGCUUGCUCCGCCUGCCUGCAUUAUGUGAAAACAGUGGCAUAGAGUAUCGUGGACAGUUUUUUAAGUUCAGUUGAAGAACAUGUGUCUUUAUUAUGAUCAGCUUCAGUUGUAUCGCUCUGUAGACCAUCCCUCGUUCUCAUUUUUAGACUUCAGUGUGUCAAUAGUUGAAUUCUUUUUUUUUGUUUUUUUUUUUCCUUUCGCCUCAGUUCAGUUGAGUUCAGUUCAUCUGUUAUGGCGUGUUUCUGUUUUUCCAGACUGUUACCAGCCUUUUAAAACGAAGACGAAGAGGAAGAAUGAAAAGAAAACUUUAUCUAACAUGACAUAUUGUUCGUUAAGAUACUUUAAGUUGGAAGGAGCAUUAUGAUUUUCUCUUGCUUUUUUUUGCCUGUGAUGAUCUAUAACACAUGGUGUGAUGCGCUGUGUGAAACAUUAUCAUUGUUUUAUUGCACCCUAUGGAUUGCUGAGAGAGAGAGAAAGAGACAGCUAUAGUUCACAGAGAUCAGGAGUGUGAGAAGAAAAUAACUCUCACCAGCAGAGAGAGAGAGACAGAGAGAGACAGAGACAGAAAGAAAGAGAGACAGAAAGAGACAGAGAGACAAAGAGAGGCAGAGAGAGACAGAGACAGAAAGAGACAGAGAGAAAGAGAGACAGAGACAGAGAGACAAAGAGAGGCAGAGAGAGACAGAGACAGAAAGAGACAGAGAGAAAGAGAGACAGAGAGAGAUAAUCCUCUCAUCUUUCCAGACGACUUUAACUCCCUAAAGAAGAAAGACCUCAAAGAAAAGAAAGAAAGGACUACAGGAGCUGGAUAAAAAGCCAAGCCACUUUCUUGGACACACAAUUGAGCCUUAAGCUAACUGUUAUUGGAAGAGAGCCAUGCGUAGAGAAGCUAGCGACAGAUCGAUCUAUCCUGGAGUAGAGAGACAGAGAGCCAUGCGUAGGGACGCUAGCGACAGAUCAAUCUAUCCUGGAGUAGUAGAGAGACAGAGAGCCAUGCUUAGGGAAGCUAGCGACAGAUCAAUCUAUCCUGGAGUAGAGAGACAGAGAGCCAUGUGUAGAGAAGCUAACGACAGAUCGAUCUAUACUGGAGUAGAGAGACAGAGA